UUCGGGAGUCGCGAGUUCUUCUGGAAAAAGCUCCCCAAAACCCUGGAACGUUGUUGAAUCGAAGAUGGACAAGAGCAUGCUAGGAGACCUCGACUCUCUUCCCGAGGAAGACAAGUUGAGGAUGUCCUCCAUGAUCGACCAGCUCCAGAUCCGCGAUAGUUUAAGGAUGUAUAACUCACUUGUGGAGAGAUGUUUCACCGAUUGCGUAGACACCUUCAGGCGCAAAUCCCUUGACAAGCAAGAGGAGACUUGUGUCCGUCGGUGUGCUGAGAAGUUCUUGAAGCACUCAAUGCGUGUUGGCAUGCGAUUUGCUGAGCUCAACCAAGGUGCAGCUACACCAGAUUAAGGUGUCCCGUACUACUUUUCGUAGUAAUAUUUGUAAUAACUGCAAAUCGUUUAUGAUGGGCAAUUUCUUUUAGAUUUGUAUUAUUGACCAAUUUGUCUUACACCCUCAUUUUAUGAGUACUAAAUUUUCAGUAAUAAAUUGGAUUAUAAUAGCUUUUUGGAUCAUAAUAGUUAUUUCUACGUA